GCGAUAUUACAAAGAAGGGACAGUCCGACCAAGCAGGGGUGCCCAGCACCCAGGUCAAGAGGGACCAUCUCCACGCGUUAGGGCGUGACAUGUUCCGGAAAAGCGGCUGACCAGUGGGCGACCAACUUUUGUGGCCCAGAACUUCCUCACCAGACCACCCCUGACAAAAUAAAAGUGCAUACGUAAUGCUCUCCUGCAUCUCUGUACUUUGGAGCAUGGGGUAAGGUCCCGGGAAAGCGGACACAAUACGGCGUGUGCGUGCUCGAAAGGUUGAUACGGGUGGGAAAAGGGUGGGGACCACCACACGGUUCGCCCAAACUGCCAUCAAACAACUUUUCACUUUCAGGAAACCGGGGACCCAGGCGAGGCGCCGUAUCCGAGGCCAGCCGCGCAGGCCACGCAGGCCGCGAAGACCCCAACCUUGCGUAAUUGCAGACCGCAUAGUGUCCUAAAUUACUUACACACUAUACCAACUUGCUUAUCGACAAGCUUGAACAGAAGCCCAAGUCCCACACCUCACGCGUUCACUUUCCAACAAACGCAAACGAAAUGGCCGAACCUGCUUCCGCUCCUGCUCCUCGUGGCGAGAUUGCGCCGACCCUGAUAGCCAGCGCGAUUGACUCGACGCCUGCGGCUCCUUCAAUCCACAAGGCGGAGCAAACCGUCGCUGAGGGCUUCACGAAGGGCGUCGACGCCGUGGAGGAGGGCCUGGAGAAGGGAAUUUCGGCCAUUGUGACCGGUGUGGACUCAGUGGCUAGCAAAAUUGGCUCAGGCCUGGAGAAGGCUGCUGGCACGGUGGGCAUCAAGCCGCACAUCCACUAGUGUGACACAAGCUGUUGAGGGUGCCGGCCCGUGACGCUGGUUUUAUAUAAGUUUAUGCGGUGUUUUAGCACUGGCUGCGAUGUGGUGUAUCUAUUGCGUACGUGGGUUGUGUCUGGGGCAACUCACUGACAGUUUGCGCAUUCCGUCGGGUUCUGGGGCACGUGAAGGCCGAGCUCAUUAAUGCGCGGCUGACAGAGUGUGUGUGAUAUGGCAGUCGUUUCGAUGGCAUACAGUUGUUUUGACCGGCACCUGGCAGACAGCUGGCGGUCGAGGGCACCAGUUAUUGCGGAGCCGUGUGCUUGACUGCUUACGAGUGUACAAAACGUGUGCUUGCGUGCAUCAUGAUACUGUAACAUUACUGGAGG